UGUAUGCCUGGAUACGUUUGUUUGCUCACUUUAAGCGUGUUGUUUUUUUUUUUGGUGUAUGGGCGUUUUAUUAUUCACCACUUUUCCCUUUUCCACCGCAGCACUUGGUAGAAUAAAAUGACCCAUGCAAGGUGUAGAAAUCCCCCGCAGGUACGGACGGAGUUGAGAAGCCUGUGAUCUCUGGAGCAACAGGAUUGGGAUUGUGGGGAAACUUGGCUAUAGGUGUGCAAAACUCAAAGGAUAUUUUUUGAGCGAGGGGAUUUUUUUUGGAGAGGUUCAAUUCUGAAUCCGUUCCACUCUUGGCACCGAUUUAGGGAGACGUUGCGGGAUUUCGGGGAGCGGAGGAGACUGAGUUAAAAAAAUAAUCUUCUGGAUAAUUCCCCCCACCCCACCCCACCCCACACCCCCCAACAAGGAAACACCUAAUGUUGCACUCCGUGACUCUGUUGCUGCUCUCUAGUGAUCUAUCCUUACAUUGGGAUUCAAUCUCCUACUUACCCCCGGAGUUGUGUGCGUAAAGGACGUACAGGGAAGCGAAAGCAAUAGAGAGGGGGGCGAUUUCGCCAACCUUUCCUGGGGCUCUAAAUCUGUGGAAGCAGGUGUAUUUCUGCAAGUCAAGAUGUCUGUGCUGCCUUCGAGGUUCAUAUACCUGUGUUUACAUUUUCUGGUACUCUAUUUCCAGCUACAGGAAUCCCAGCAGACCUCUGCCGAUUUCAGGUUUUACAUCGAGAACCACACAAGGAACCCGGACGACCUGAGCCGUAAGCAGGUCCGGAUCUAUCAGCUCUACAGCAGAACUACAGGGAAACACGUCCAGAUCUUGGGGAAGAAAGUCAACGCCAACGGAGAUGAUGGGGGCAAGUAUGCUCUUCUUGUUGUCGAGACAGAAACCUUCGGGAGCCACAUUCGAAUAAAAGGAAAAGAGAGUGAACAUUACAUUUGCAUGAACGAAAAGGGCAAAAUAGUCGGAAGGCCCGACGGAAGGAAGCAGGAGUGCGUCUUUGUCGAGGAAUUCCUGGAGAACAACUACACAGCUCUCGUGUCGGCCAAGUACAAAGGAUGGUACCUCGGCUUCAACAGGAAGGGGCGGCCCAAGAAAGGCUCGCGGACCACGCAGAGGCAACAGGAAGUCCACUUCAUGAAGCGCCAGCCGAAGGGCAGGCCGGACCCGCUGGAGGAGUUUCGUUUCACCACAGUCACUAAGAGGACACGAAGGGCUCGGCGAUUAAAACCCAACCCCAAGAGGAACUGAUGGGACCAAUGUGACAGCACUAAUUUUGGUGGGAGGGGGGAAACAAAACUGUAACUUAAAAACUCAAGCUUCUUGUCUUUUAAAAAAAAAAGAAAAAAAAAAUCACCUUAAAGACUUCACUUCUGUAAAAGAAAGACAGACAAAAAGAACAAAAAAAAAAGUCAAAGAUGUUCUAUUUUUGUAUUUCAGGAUGACUGACUAUUUCCUAACUCUUGGAUUCUUCUGGGUUGAUGUCAUUGUGCUAACGUGUCUGUCGUGUUAUUUAUACUGGAUAAACUAAAGGACCUCUGAGAGAACUCCUGUCGCCGGCGUCCUCAGCUACGUUUGAAGACUUUUUUUUUUUUUUUUUUUUUUU